CUCGCCCCCUCCCCUCGGAUGAGACUAGAGCCCAGGCGCACAGUCUGGAGACGCUGCAGGACCCGCGGCCCGGAGCAUCAGACGCGGUGAAGUCGGUGGCUUGCUUUCUGUCUCUCCCUGGCGCUCUUCCAGUCUGCAAUUAAAAAAAAAUGGCCUCCAAUAAAACUACUUUGCAAAAGGUGGGAAAGAAACAGAAUGGAAAGAGUAAAAAAGUUGAAGAGGCAGAGCCUGAAGAAUUUGUGGUAGAAAAAGUACUGGAUCGACGUGUAGUGAAUGGGAAGGUGGAGUAUUUCCUGAAGUGGAAGGGAUUUACAGAUGCUGACAAUACUUGGGAACCUGAAGAAAAUUUAGAUUGUCCAGAGUUAAUUGAAGCAUUUCUUAAUUCUCAAAAGGCUGGUAAAGAAAAAGAUGGUACAAAAAGAAAAUCUUUAUCUGACAGUGAAUCUGAUGAUAGCAAAUCAAAGAAGAAAAGAGAUGCUGCUGACAAACCCAGAGGCUUUGCCAGAGGUCUUGAUCCUGAACGAAUAAUUGGUGCCACAGACAGCAGUGGGGAAUUGAUGUUUCUCAUGAAAUGGAAGGACUCCGAUGAGGCCGACUUGGUGCUGGCGAAGGAGGCGAACAUGAAAUGUCCUCAGAUUGUCAUCGCUUUCUAUGAAGAGAGGCUGACUUGGCACUCUUGUCCAGAAGAUGAAGCUCAAUAAUUGUUUGCAUUGUUUUUAUAUAUAUUUAUACAUAUAUAUAAAAUCUGGUCUUGGGUUUUGAAUUACUGGUGUGAAAAAUAACUACAUUCUAAUACAGAUCAAAUUUGAUACAUUGGUUUUGAAAAUAUUGACAGUUGUCAGAAUUUUUUUUAUUUUACCUUUUGCAUCAAGAGCACUGGUUACUUUGAGCUUUCUAUAGAUGCUUCUUAACAGUAGAAUAUUUGAUACCAUGGUAUAUUUCCUCUACAUUGGAAAAUAGUUUUUUCUAAAUGUUAGGGGAAAUUUUCCAGUCAGAACUUAAUUCUAACUGGUGUGAAGGACCAUUCUGUAUUUUUUUUUUGUUCUGUGUGUGUGUGUGUGUGUGUGUGUGCGUGUGUGCAUAAAAUACUUACUGUAAGUGGCUUUGUUUUUAAUAUCCCCCUACCGCACACCCCUUCCUCCCCCCCUCAAACAAAGAUGGAUGAUGAGCUGUUAUUCUAAGAAUUCCUAAGAAAUCACUUCAGAUUAAGUUCAAAUUUUUCCUGAAACCAUGACCUUUGAAAUUAGAUGAUUCUGUAGUUAACUGGAUAGUUUAGGUUGUAUAAUUUAAAAGGCAGCCACAUUGUAAUUCUUACCUAUACCCUCACAUAAAUUCAACAGUAUAUUUGCAAAUUUUUUUUACUAACCAACUAACUCCUCAUUCAAUCAGGAAAACUAGACAAAUCCCAGUUUGUUAAUGGAACAAGACUUGUAUAGUUCCUCUAUGAAGUCAUUCCUGUGCUGAAAGCUAAAAUCUGUACUAAAAAAUCACAGUUCAUAGAAUUUCUAAGACAAUGCAUGGAGAUGUGAUCAUGGUUAGAAAUGGCAGUUUAGGGCCUGCUGGCACAACACUUGAUACUAUGAGUUCCUGACCUGCAUGCUUCUUUACCCCGACUCAUUCCUCACAUGUAGGCUCAGUCUUUUCAGUAUUUGGGUCACUGAUUCAGCAGAACCCAGGAUAAUAACUUUGUAGUAUCAGAAUGUUAUCCAGCUGUAUAUUGUUUACUUUAUUGUAAAUAAUGGUGAACAGUGGUCAAUAAAUAGUUUUAUAUUCCUUAA